AUGUCCUCGAACCCAAGCGCCGCGCCCGUCGGCGACGGGCGGAUCGACCGCCGCAGCCUCCACCGCCUCCUCCUCAGGGGGACCGAGGCCCCGGACACGCACGUCGACGACAUGGAGCACAUUGCCGACGCGGCGGCGGCGUCCGGCGACGAGCCCAUGGCCCUCGCGCACCAGGUGCAGGACUCGCCCGGGUUCCAGCGCUGGUGGCAGACGCCCCGCGAGUCCGGCGCCGUCCUCGUCGAGGCCCGCUUCUCGCCCGCCGACGUGCUGGCGGCGCAGGGCGGCCGCGCCGUCACGCCCUACUCGGUCCUCUGCGCCUCGGUGGCCUCGGACCUCGUCUGCGCGCACUGCAUUCCCCCGCACGAGCCGGUCGGCGGCAAUGGCGGCGGCGGCGGCGGCGGCGGCGGCACCGCCUUCGUCGCGACGGCCGCCGUGGUCUUCUUCGCCUGUAACCUCCACGCCGACUCCAGGGGGUCGUUCGCGGGCGCCCGGGGCAUGCUGCGCAGCCUGGUCGGCCAGCUCCUGGUACAGUUCCUGCCGUGGGGCCCAGACCGCGCCAGCGAGCCCGACUUGGACUUUGGGGGCGGGAGGGGCGUUCUGCUUGGCGACUUCGCGGCCCCCGACGACGAACACGACGUGAGCGGAUACCAGAUUAGGAAUCUGCUUGACCUCUUGACACAGCUUGUCAGCCAGAUAGCCCCAGACAUCACCCUUUACAUCAUCGUGGAUGAGGCCUCACUCUACGAGCGAACCGAAUCGGGCUGGGAGGACAAGUUUCAACGCAUCAUAAACGCACUGUAUGGCACAUUAAAAUCCGUCAUGAUUCAUAUAACAUUGUCAGGGUCGAACCGCGUCCGCGCCCUCCCGCGCGACAGGAACGACUCCCUCUUUGCGCCACGCCGGACGCUGGGCCGGUACCCCGGCCCGCCCACGAUGCCCCCACGAUGCGGAGUCUGGGCCACGAUCUUGGGCAACGUGCGUGACAUGGUCCCCGGCAGCGUUAUGCGACGCGGGUCCGGCCGGAUCGAGUCGCCGUCGCUGUCGCCUCGCGUCGUCGGCCGCGUCGGGUCGUACAGAUCCGCCACACCCCACGGCGGGGUGACUCCCCACACCGGCCCUGUCUCUGCCACGUUUGUCGCCGCGCCGCGGUCCUCGUCGCCGCGGCCGCCGUAUCCCGACGACCUCGCGCUCUCCCCUCCCCACCAGCCCCACCAUCGACGGCUCUUCUUCUCCUCACUCGCUGGCAUCUCGAUGUCCCCUCCGCGGUAG